AGAGAGAGAAAGGAGGGCAAACCGGCAAAGGCCAAAGAGGGGGAAGCUGACUCUUACCUUUUUGGCGCUCUCUCUCUCUCUCUCUCUCUCUCUCUCUCUCCCUUCCUCUCCCCUGCUCUCUCCGUUCGUCCCUUCCUCCCUCUCUCUGUCUGUCUCUCUGUCUCUCGAAAUGGCCUCAGAGCAGCAGCAACAGGCAAUCAAGGGUUCCAAGGUCCUGAUGGUUGGGGCCGGUGGCAUCGGCUGCGAACUUCUCAAGACUCUAGCUCUCUCCGGUUUCGUAGAUAUUCACAUUAUUGACAUGGACACAAUUGAAGUAAGUAACCUAAAUAGGCAAUUUUUGUUUCGCCAAUCACAUGUGGGGCAGUCCAAGGCUAAAGUUGCUCGUGACGCGGUGCUAAGAUUUAGGCCACAUAUAAAUAUUACAGCACAUCACGGAAAUGUCAAGAAUCCAGAGUUUAACGUGGAUUUUUUUAAGCAAUUCAAUGUGGUUUUGAAUGGCCUCGACAACCUAGACGCUAGACGACAUGUGAACCGCCUUUGCUUGGCAGCUGAUGUCCCUUUGGUUGAAAGUGGGACUACAGGGUUCUUAGGACAGGUCACUGUACAUGUGAAGGGUAAAACCGAGUGCUAUGAAUGCCAACCAAAACCAACUCCAAAGACAUAUCCUGUCUGCACCAUCACCAGUACUCCGUCCAAGUUCGUUCACUGUAUUGUCUGGGCAAAGGACCUGCUCUUUGCGAAAUUGUUUGGGGACAGAAACCUGGAAAAUGAUCUAAAUGCACGUUCUAGUAAUGCUGCUAGCCCAUCAAAACAGACAGAAGACAUAUUUGAACGAAUUGAAGGUGAAGAUGCUGAGCAGUAUGGCCGAAGAGUGUAUGAUCAUGUCUUCGGAUAUAACAUCGAAGCAGCUUUAGCGAAUGAAGAGAUGUGGAGGAACAGAAAUAGACCAAAGCCUAUAUAUAUUAGAGAUGUCCUAACUCUGAAAUCCAAUCAACAGAAUGGAAAUAUGGAUAAGAAUUGUGCGGUUGAUGGGCCAAACGUGUCAGCAAUGUCUUCUGUUGGCCUGAAGAAUCCACAGGACAUUUGGAGCCUUGCAGAAAAUACAAGAAUCUUUUUGGAGGCUGUAAAACUUUUUCUUGGGAAAAGAGAAAAGGAAAUUGGGAGCCUGACUUUCGAUAAAGAUGAUCGAUUAGCUGUAGAAUUUGUCACUGCUGCAGCAAAUAUCAGGGCGACUUCUUUUGGUAUUCCCAUGCAUAGCCUUUUUGAAGCUAAAGGUAUUGCUGGCAACAUUGUGCAUGCUGUUGCGACGACAAAUGCAAUUAUUGCUGGUUUGAUUGUCAUUGAAGCAAUCAAGGUGCUCCAGGGUGAUGCUCGCAACUACAGAAUGACGUACUGUGUCGAACAUCCAUCGGGAAAGAUGCUUUUGAUGCCUGUGGAGCCAUUUGAACCUAAUAAAUCCUGUUAUGUCUGUUCUGAGACCCCCCUAUUGCUUGAGAUUAACACUCAACAAUCAAAGCUGCGUGACUUUGUUGAGAAAAUUGUAAAAAAUAAACUUGGAAUGAGUUCGCCAUUGAUCAUGCAUGGCUCGAACUUGAUAUUCGAGGUUGGUGAUGAUCUUGAGGAAGAUGUCGCCGCCAAUUAUGCUGCAAACCUUGACAAGGUUUUGGCCGAGCUUCCGACUCCUGUUACCAGUGGGACGAUUCUCACUGUUGAGGAUCUUCAGCAGGAAUUAUCAUGCAAUAUUAAUAUAAAGCACAGAGAAGAGUUCGAUGAGGAGAAGGAACCUGACGGAAUGGUUCUCACCGGAUGGACACCUGCUCCCAUCGACAAAGACACUCGGGCCAUUGGCAAUGGAGAGAGCACAUCGGAUGCUGCACAAAAGGCGUUGGAGGCUCAAGAUGAUUCCGAUGAGAUAGAGAUGGUUACACAACCUGGCGCUGCUCUCGCCGGGAGCAAGAGACGGCUGUUGGAGAUAUCAAAUGCAGAUGGAGAGGUUGUGUCAGCCUGCAAUCAAAACCUGGAAGAAGAAGACGAUGUGGUUUUGAUGCUUGAUGGGAAUGCGGAUAUUGGCAAGAAAAAGCGGUUGCAGUAGAGCAGGUAUUGUUGCUUAUAUUGAUAAUAGGUCCUUUUUACAUGCUAAUUUUGUACAAUAGAGAAGCUUCAUAACUCCGUCGUGAACUGAGAAGGUUAGCGCUAACGACAACGUGCCCGGGAUUGCACCUUGUAAUUUAUGCGUCGACGGUAAUUGUUUUGCUUCCGAGGGUUGUAGGGAGUAGGGAUGAGAAGUUAUUUGGCAUUAAUUCGAUAGGCAGAGUUGGGUGGGCCGGAAAUCGUGCCCCCACAAUGUAGUUUGAUAUACGGUGGGUUUUUUGUUUUUGUUUAUAUGGUUUCUUGGGGGGUGUCACCAGAGCCAUGUAUGUGACAUGAAUGCAUUCCCUUUGUUCAA